GAUUCAUCUGCUACAAUGUCGAACAGUAACCGAGAGAAGAGAAACAGAGAGUCUGAUCAGUCCAAACAGCAACAUGCACAUGUCAACAGAUCACGUCAUGAUGCCACACUGAUGAAUCCAGGUCCUCCAGCGCUUUAUCGUCUGAACACUGAAAGAAAAUGCAUUUGUGGGACUGAUAAAAAGGUCAGACAGUGGACAUAUGGAAGAAGAGACAGAAACAAGCAGAAUAAAGUCAUCCUGAUGGUGGGAGAAACCGGCACUGGGAAAACCACCAUGAUCAACACCAUGAUCAACUACAUACUGGGAGUGAAGUUUGAGGAUCAAGAGUUUUAUCAAAUCACACAAGAAGAUGAACAUAAAGAUCAGUCACAAUCCCAGACCUCUGAGAUCACGGUUUAUGAGGCGUUUGUUGAAGAAAACCCAACAUCUCUGACCAUCAUUGACACUCCAGGAUACGGGGACACUGAAGGAUUCGAGAGAGAUGAAGAGAUUUCUAAAUAUCUGACCAAAUUAUUUUCAGAUAAGGAUGGGAUCCAUUACAUUGAUGCAGUGUGUUUUGUGAUGAAGGCGUCUCAGAAUCGUCUCUCUGACAGACAGCUUUACAUAUUUCAAUCAGUUCUGUCUCUGUUUGGUAAAGAUAUAGAGGAGAACAUCGUGUUUCUACUCACACACUCAGAUGGAGGACCUCCUACAGAUGCUCUCAAUGCCAUUAAGAAAGCAGAAAUACCCUGCAGAAGAGAUGAAGACAAUGAACCUGUUCACUUCUUAUUCAACAACCGACAGAAACAGAAAAGGGACAAAAAGUAUAAUCAAGGUUUGAGAUCAGCCUGGGGAAUGGGAGAAGAAAGCAUGAAUGAGUUAUUAACACUCAUGGAUGUAAAGAACAGAAAAAGUGUUGAGAUGACUUUAGAUGUUCUGAAGGAGCGAAGACGACUCGAGGCCUGUGUCUCUAAUCUGAAGCAGAGAAUAGAGGAGAAGUUACAAACUAAAGAACUGAAUCAUAUUCAGGAAAUCCUCAGACAGAACAGAGACAAGAUCAAGAAAGGUGAAAACUUUGAGUUUACAGUCAAGAGAGAUUUCAAAGUAAAAGUCCCCAUUGUAAAUGAGUGGCCGUGGAACAGAAACGCGACCUGCUGCUCCGACUGUCGGGCAAACUGUCAUGAGUGGGGCUGUAAUUGUGUCUCUCCCGAUAAUCUCUCACAGUGUUCAGUCAUGAAAGACGAUCACUGCACUGUGUGUUCAGGGAAAUGUCAUUACAGCAAACAUGUCAGAGAGGACAAAAAAUAUGUGACGGAGACAAAGGAUGUCAUAAUGACAUUUAACAAUCUCAAACAGGAGUAUUGCAGUAUCAUGAAAGAGUCUGAGAAUAAAAUUGGAAUAGAAGAACAGCUGAUCAGAGAUCUGGAGAAGACUAAAGAAGAAAAGUCCAAACUGUUGUAUGAAGCUUAUAUGGCCAUCGUGAGUCUGUCUAAGAUCGCACUAAAAGCCGACAGCGCUUUCACUCUUCAAUAUCUGGAUUUCCUGAUUCCCAGACUGAAGGAGGAGGGAAAAGAGGAAUGGAUGAAGAAACUGCAGGAUCUGAGGAAAGCUGGAGAAGAGAAGAAAAAUAAAAGGGCUUUACAAUAUGUGUGGGGCCUUUUCAGUCGUGAUAAAAAAUAAUAAAUACAACAAAUCUGAAAAUACACGAUGAAAGAGCAGAAUAGAUGUUAUCAGUGAAAAUGAUUCUCAAAAUUACUUUACGGGAUCAAAUGACUGAAUAUAUGAAAAGUUCAAUCAGGCAUAAUAGUUAGAACAAAAAUGCUGAAUGACUGUCAUUUAAGUUUUAUUUAGUCUCUGUUUUAGUAAUUCUGGAAUGAAUUUUCUAUGUCAUGCACUAUGUUUGCAUUUUGUAUGUGUUUGAUUUUCCUUUAUUAUUGUAAUUAAGGUGGUAUUAUAGUUGAACAGGUUUCUUGGUGAAACAGUCUUGUGUUUCUAUCAGUGGCUGUGAAUUCAUUUUAGAUCUAGUUUUACUCAUGGAAAGGCCACUGUUCACCACAGUACUGUGUUUACAUCCAGAGUUGUGAAUUACAUUUAUGUGCAAAUUUAAAGGAGUCAUGAGAUCAGUCUGCAUAACCUGCAAUUUUCACUUUUCCACGAGAAUCAAUGUAUGUUAUGAUAGCAAUUGUUCGGGAAGCCGAUAUUCAAAAGAGAAGCGUUUGUUUACCCCAGGGUUCGUAAACCAGCCCUUGUGCGUGCACGUGCACUCAAAUACGAGAUUACAAUUUCUCCCCCGACUUCACGUCAAGACGGGGCAGGAUAUACCAUAUAUUAUGGGGGUGGGAUUGUUCCAUUAUUCAAAAUAAAUAGAUCAUGAUCCACAAAUAAAUGUAAAGAGUUUCACAAAAAAAUAUAAAACUCACAAAUAAAUAAAAUGAGAUUUGCAAAUAAAACUAUGUAUUUACAAAUGUUUUUUAUUCCACAGACACAACUCUGCCAGGCAUUUAUUUGUGAACCGCUUUCUGUGCAUUUGUAAAUCCCCUCACGCGUUUGUGGAUUUUGAAACACUUCUAGCAUCAAGGUGCAGACAAAUCCACAAAUAAGUGGACUCCACCCACCGUUUCCUCAAGCCAAUCAGAUAAUGGCUAUGUUGAGCUGACCAAUCAUAGCACGUUCUCGCUACA